UUAUAAUUAUUAUUCUUCUUGGAACAUUGUCAUUGUCAUUGUCAUUUCUUUCCCUUGCCGAGGAUGAUGAAGUCACAUUUUCCCUUCUCAUUCUAAUUUCAACUUCCAAACCAGCUUCAUCGUAAUGAACCCGAAAACAUUGCCUGUUGUUGAUCUAAUGUGUCAAGUAACUUUUUAAUAAGAGAUUGUUUUCUGCUAUGUUAACAAGUGCUGACAUAUUUUAGGCAGAUCAUAAGGCAGUUUUUGUUGGAGCAAGCCUCCAACGUCUCAAAAUUGGAGCUCAAAAAAUGGUUUGGUGAGACUACAGUAUCUUGGCCGCUAUGAUUGAUGUAUGCAUUUUAUGCUGAAGAGUUCCAAAGGAAAAGCAUAAUAAUAAAGCAAUGAUUGCUUACCAAUACGAAAGCAAAUAUGUGUUUUGCCAAUAUGGCUGCCUCAUUGAUUUGUUGUGGUAGUAUGUUGUAAAAUAACCCAUUUAGGGUCCCCUCAGAGUGAACAUUCGGCCUCUCAAUCCAUAUUGUGAUUUUCAGAGGUUCAGAAAUUCUGACUUGAUGUUAAAAUUUGUUUAUCACACCAUACAAACACUUUUUUUAUUCUUUGCACUUGCUUAUUGCAGCAACAUCAAAAUUUAUUUGGGCUUUUAUUAAGCUGAAGCGGGGAGGGGUGGUGAGGACACUUUCACUUCCAUCUACAGUCCACAAUUUCUGUCCACAAACUUCUGUCAACAUUUGGUCCCUCACGAUACUCAUUGAUUGCUUGCGCAUACGCGCACAUGAAUGAGCUAAAAAUGGGUGAAGAUAUGCCUUUUCUGGACGAAUCAAGAGUCUUGUGAGUCUAUGUACGAGUCUGUGGUUUUGUCUUCCCCAAUCAGUUGCAUUGGCUUCUCGUUUUGUUGUUUUUACAGAAAUGGGUGCCACAGGAUGAAGAGAUUGACUUAGGAGGAGGGUUGGAGGACAAUAUGAAAGUGAAUGGUUGGUCAGCUGAUGAGAUGUUCAAAACCAAUCAAGAGAAAUUUGGUGUUACUUCAACAUACAGUGAUGAUCUAUUGCAAUACACGACACCACUUCCAAAAGAUAGCACUCGAGAGAUGGAAUUGAAAGCAGAGCAGACAGCUCGAGAAAUCGAACAGUCAAGGGGUCAUAUUCGUCGUCAAGAGGUUGACAGUGGACGCAGUGAAGAGGAGGCAUUUGCAGCUGUUGUUAGACCCCAGACAACAAGUACUGUAUCAAAGACAAGUCAGGCACCCCCUGGACACUCUUGCAUGGACAGAAAGUCUCCAAGAGGAGCUACCGAAGGUAGUCUGGCACUAGGACUCAGUAGUUUAAACUCAUCUGUUUUUGUAGAAUGUGGUGUAGUCUGGUGUUGUUUACAGAUUUCUUAGUAGAGAAAAUAUCCUGAUCAUGUCGUCUAAAACCAAAGUACUCUAAAGAAAAGGUUCACUGAUUGGGUUAAAAUCAUGUCUCUAUAACUCAAAAGAAACACAGAACUAGCACAAUCUGUUGAUGUACAUGUUUCUAUUAAUCAAUUAGAUUAUGAGCUCAAGAUUUCAAUCAGGUGGUAGUUGACAAGGGCGGAGCCCAAGUCAACUAUCAUGCAUAGAAUUCGAGAGCGAUUAUAAGUCUACUAGUCAUUCAAAACUUUAUCGGAAUCUUCUUCAUAGACACUUCGAAGACGCCAAGAAGUGGUCAUUAUUUUGUUAGCAAGGGCACACUGUUAUGCUAUUCACUAUCUAUCACAGAAUAGAUAGUAGGUAGCGUAGACAAUCAGAGCAUGGCAUUCGUGAUAGAACACUAGUAGAUUUAUACUAAAACUCAAUAGAAACAUGGUAUGUUGUCUAUUUUUUAAUUAUUCACCUGCAGUUCAAUAAACUUACUGUGAUUUUCCUUGAUACUCAGCUGCUUUAUAGGCAAUCCAAUUUCUCAAACCAUAAUAGUAUUAUCAUCAGCCGCUCUCAGUUACCACGUGGGAUGAUGAGGGGGAAAAACCAAACAUUCUAAAACUCCUUUGUGACCUUGAAUUUCCCCAGAACACACUAGCUGAUGAGGUUCUAUUAUCUUAAUGUCACUUUGAUAUCCUUCUGCUGCUAUGAGGUUGGCUUUUCUUUUCUUAUCAGUGUCAUAGUCCAAAUAUAUGGUAGUCCACGCUAGACAGUAAAGUGUUUCUCUAGGUUGCUUGUAUUUUUUCAACAAAGUAGAUUGAAUCUCCACCGCAUGUCACAAUUGUUGUUGUUGUGUGACCUAACCAAAACAAAGAAAUCACAAAACCAUGUGUAGAAAACAGGAGGUAAGCAACAUGAAAACAUGCAUGAGUAGUUUCCCACCCAUUCAACCACAGCCAACACCCAAGAAGAGAAAAACUUUUCAUACCUUUCCUUGACUAAAUUACAAUUACUUGCAAAUUACAAUUUCCUGACUAGAUAUUAAAUUCCCUAACUUUCUUUGGAUCUUGAAAAACUUUCCUGACUUUUUCCAGACAUUUGGCAACCAUGCAUAUUACAGUACAACACGUUUUCAUUUUUUUUUUUACUUUUUAACUUGGAAAAUAUUAUUUUCCAAGUUGUAGUAGUGGAGCAAUUUCACUCCUUCACUCCUUCACUUCUUGUUAGACAUUUGGAACCCCAGGGGAGAACUCUCAUUUGAAAAGACCAGGGACACUUGUCAGAAAAUUUGAAUUUAACCCCUAAAGGACACUAAUGUAGGAGUUGCUUGAGCUUCAUUAGACCCCUAAAAGAUACCACUUAAAAUGGAAUAGGUUUGCUUACUAGCCACUGUUCAAGAGAGGAUCUCACACUCACUGGUAGACCCGACUUGCAUGCUCAGGAGAACAGUGGAAAUCAAGCCUAAAAUUAAAACGGAAAUUAAAUGAGAGUGUUUCUUCCUUUUUAUUAUUAUUUCUUUGAGUGCACCCUAAAGGAUACUUUGACAGCAAAAAAUGGUGUUUUGUCAUCAACAUUCUAAGUGAGACCAGAAUCCUUGAUUUGUACCCAAGACAACAAGUAUACCCAGCCUUUUCAUGUAUGAGUCAUUUCAUGUAGGAUGCAAGAACUCAAUAUCUUACUGCAGAAAUGAUCUACAUAGAAUAGAUUUCCGUACAAACAUUUUUAUAUAUAGAAGCUACAUGCAAUUACAUAAAUAGCUCAUUCCUGAAGGUGUCUGCUUAAACAGGUUUAACUGUACUUGAUUGCCAAAAAAGGAGAUAUUGAGAGUCAAAAUUGAUGAGCUGUAUGAAUUUUUGAAUGAUUCAAGUUGUGAUUAAAAGUUUGCGACGAUCAACAGACAAGAGAAUUGAGGAGAAUUCAAACGACAUGUUUUGCUAUUAUUUAUAGGUUAUUGUAAAUAAAUACACAUGAAUACGAACAUGGUGAAAUGAUAUGAAUAAAUACAAGAAAAGACAUUACACAAGGCUGAGGGUUCUGCAGUCCUUAAUAUCACCUUGGAAAUGAGAGGGGAAAAAGAAAAGAAGUUAUUACAACACAGGGUAUUCGUAUUUGGUAACCCAGCCAAGUAGGAACCCCGCUGAACAGGGCUUAACUUUGUUGAGUGGACAAGACAUGGUGCUGUCCUUGUGGUUUAGUGGCUCUACG